GUCAUUCAAGUAAAAAAAAAGGUGGAUUGUUAUCCAUUUUCACUCCUAGCGAGUAGCGUCUAUGUGUGGUCUGCAUAUACUAAUCUCCUUGCCGAGAGCUUCCGCCGGUGAUGGAUAGUAUGGUGGUGCACAGUUUAGCACCGCCGCAUGUGCGGCCGCCGGUCUAUGACUUCAGAAGAGGCCCUUUCGCUAAAACUACAAACGUAAAAACAUCUUCCAACAGCGUUAUACAAUUGCAUCAUUCCCAAUUUCACUUCAAUUCACAGAAACCACUAUUCAUUGGUCCCAGCAACGAUUCCGGUUGUUCUUCCAGUUCCGCGCUCUAUUCCAAUGUUUCUUCUCCAACUGCUCGUAAGUAUCUUGUGCGACACCUGAGGUGGAUGCAGUCAGCAGCAGUGAAACAGGGACAAGGGAAUGGGCUAUGCAAGAUUUCUAUAUUUUGAGAAAGGAUGUCGAGGUUGUCUCACAACGAGUCGAAGAAAUUAGGGCUGCUGCGGGGCUGCAGCAACUGGAAGAAGACAUUGCAGCUCUAGAAGCAGCAGCAGCAGAUACCGCUCUCUGGGACGAUCGUGCUAGAGCUCAACAGACACUUCAGGGUUUGACUGAUGCCAAAGAAAAAUUAAAGCUUCUCAAUGACUUCAUGACACAGGUUGGUGAUGCAGAAACAAUAAUUAACCUUACUGAGGAGAUGGACUCCAUUGAUACAGGGCUUCUUGAAGAAGCUGCUGGUAUAAUUAAGGAAUUGAACAAAGCGUUGGAUCUUUUUGAGCUGACUCAGCUUCUAUCUGGGCCCUACGAUAAAGAAGGUGCUGUUAUUACCAUUACAGCUGGUGCAGGGGGCACUGAUGCACAGGAUUGGGCUGACAUGCUUCUCAGGAUGUAUGUGAGAUGGGGAGAGAAGCAGCGGUACAGAACCAAAGUAGUUGAGAAGUCUCCUGGAGAAGAGGCUGGGAUUAAAUCAGCUACAGUUGAAGUUGAAGGUCGAUAUGCAUAUGGUUAUUUAUCUGGAGAGAAAGGAACCCAUAGAAUUGUGCGACAAUCUCCUUUCAAUGCUAAAGGCCUUCGCCAGACAAGCUUCUCUGGUGUCGAGGUCAUGCCUCUUCUUCCCGAGGACUCAACAGAUGUCGAAAUACCAGAUGAAGACUUGGAUAUCAGUUUUACCAGAGCAGGCGGGAAAGGAGGUCAAAAUGUUAACAAGGUUGAAACAGCAGUGCGCAUUACACAUAUCCCCACUGGUGUAGCCGUCCGUUGUACAGAAGAGAGAACACAACUAGCGAACAAGAUAAAGGCUCUGAGCCGAUUGAAAGCCAAACUGCUAGUCAUAGCCGAGGAACAAAGAGCGUCUGAAAUAAAGCAAAUAAGAGGGGAUGCGGUGAAGGCAGAGUGGGGGCAACAAAUACGGAACUACGUGUUUCAUCCUUACAAGCUGGUGAAAGAUGUUCGGACCGGGUAUGAAACUUCAGACAUCACUUCUGUAAUGGAUGGGGAGCUAGAUCCCUUCAUUAGAUCCUUCCUCAAGUACAAGUACAGCAUGUCAAUGUCCUCUGGUGGAGAAUAGAUUCUGUGCAAAGUUGAGUAGUCUCAUCAGUCAUUAGUACUCCCCAAAAAUCCACCAAAAUGGGGAUGCCAUGGAAGUUUUGGUGUAUCAAUCAAUUGCAGUGUGAUGAAAUAACAAUUUAUAUAUAAUAGGGAAAUCUGCCAUUUGUUGUGUGUUCAUGGUGAGAUUUCACCCACUCACGACCUGACCCCUUUGAUCGAUGUUCUCAAAAGAAAAACUUAUGUCAAUUGCAUUUUACUUACUAAAAUUACUUCUUGUUUGGGAUAAUUUCAAUUAAGUUGGUCAUACUGUUAAGUUUAGUAACCACAAAGUUACAAGUUGAAUUUU